GCUGAGCGCUGGGCYGGGGAGGGAGGGGUCUGCUCCUGCACCGGCUCAAGUUGCGGCCCUGUGGACCGCGACCCGCGCAGCGCGGUGGCAACGCCUCUCCCYGCACGCCUAAAGACCCAGGGAAGCUCGACUGGAGGCGGAGACCGUGUUGCGGAGCCGCCCACGCUGCGCUCCAGGAGCCAGAGUCCACAGGAUGGGCAUUAGGACAUGCUGAUCUCCCAUAGAGAAAGCUGGCUGGCACCCUAUCAUGGAGGACUACAAUGUACACUCAGCUGCCAGCAUCUUGGCCUCGGUGAAGGAGCAGGAGGCCCGUUUCGAGCGACUGACACGGGCACUGGAGCAGGAGCGGCGCCAUGUUGCCCUGCAGCUGGAGCAUGCCCAGCAGCCUGGAGUAGGCAGCAGUGGUGUGGGCAGUGGGCAUCCCCUACCAAUGGCCUGGCAACAGCUGGUCCUGCAGGAGCAGAGCCCAGGGAGCCAGGCAUCACUGGCCACAAUGCCGGAGGCACCUGAGGUGCUAGAGGAGACAGUGACAGUGGAGGAGGACCCUGGUACACCUACCUCCCAUGUAUCCAUUGUCACAUCUGAAGAUGGCACAACCCGGCGCACUGAAACCAAGGUCACCAAGACUGUCAAGACAGUGACCACGAGGACAGUACGGCAGGUGCCUUUGGGCCCAGAUGGACUCCCCCUGCUGGAUGGUGGCCCUCCACUUGGCCCUUUUGCUGAUGGUCCUCUGGAUCGGCAUUUCCUACUGCGUGGUGGUGGUCCAGCAGCCACACUCUCCCGAACCUACCUCAGUAGUGGGAAUGGCUUUCCUGAUGGCCUUGAGCUCCGUGAUGGCCCUAGCUAUGGCAGCCUGUCCCGGGGUCUAGGGUUACGGCCCCCACGCACUGGCCCCCUUGGCCCAGGACCUGGUGAUGGCUGCUUCACACUGCCUGGCCGCCGGGAGGCCUUCCCUGUGGGUCCUGAGCCUGGACCAUCAAGUGGUCGUUCCCUGCCCGAGCGYUUCCAGGCAGAGCCCUAUGGCUUGGAGGAUGACACACGCAGCCUGGCCGCUGACGAUGAGGGUGGCCCUGAGCUGGAGCCCGAUUACGGCACAGCCACACGGAGAAGAGCUGAGUGUGGGCGGGGCCUUCGUGCCAGGGCCUAUGAGGAUGUAGCAGAUGAUGCUGGUGAACUGACUGAUGAGCGGCCCCUGUACCCAGCAGCAACGGCACCACUGGCCCAGCCAGAGCGGGGCAGUCUGGGCAGCCUGGACCGGGUGGUACGUCGCUCACCCUCAGUGGACAGUGCCCGCAAGGAGCCACGCUGGCGGGACCCUGAGCUACCUGAAGUGCUGGCCAUGCUCCGGCACCCUGUGGACCCUGUGAAGGCCAACGCAGCUGCCUACCUGCAGCACCUGUGCUUUGAGAAUGAGAGUGUCAAGAGACGUGUACGGCAGCUGCGUGGACUGCCACUACUUGUGGCACUGCUAGACCACCCUCGGGCUGAAGUGCGUCGCCGGGCCUGUGGAGCACUGCGCAAUCUCUCCUAUGGCCGUGACACCGACAACAAGGCUGCAAUCCGGGAUUGUGGCGGUGUGCCUGCUCUGGUGCGCCUGCUGCGAGCAGCCCGUGACAACGAGGUCCGUGAGCUGGUCACUGGCACACUCUGGAACCUGUCAUCCUACGAACCCCUGAAGAUGGUCAUCAUUGACCAUGGCCUGCAGACGCUGACCCAUGAGGUCAUCGUGCCCCACUCGGGCUGGGAGCGAGAGCCCAACGAGGACUCCAAGCCCCGGGAUGCUGAGUGGACGACUGUCUUCAAGAACACAUCAGGCUGCCUGAGGAAUGUGAGCUCAGAUGGUGCUGAGGCCAGGCGACGGCUCCGGGAAUGUGAAGGACUGGUGGAUGCUCUCCUGCAUGCCCUGCAGUCAGCUGUGGGCAGAAAGGAUACAGACAACAAGUCUGUGGAGAACUGCGUGUGCAUCAUGCGAAACCUGUCCUACCAUGUGCACAAGGAGGUGCCUGGGGCUGACAGGUACCAGGAGGCUGAGCCUGGGCCCCCAGGCAGUGCUGCAGGCUCCCAGCGCCGGAGGAGGGAUGACGCCAGCUGCUUUGGUGGCAAGAAGGCCAAAGGAAAGAGGGAUGGUGAGAUGGACCGGAACUUUGACACAUUGGACCUGCCCAAGCGAACUGAGGCUGCAAAAGGCUUUGAGCUACUAUACCAGCCAGAGGUAGUACGCCUCUACCUAUCCCUCCUCACGGAGAGUCGGAACUUCAACACCCUAGAAGCUGCAGCAGGUGCCCUACAAAACCUCAGUGCCGGCAACUGGAUGUGGGCCACAUACAUCCGUGCCACAGUGCGCAAGGAGCGCGGGCUGCCGGUGCUGGUGGAGCUACUGCAGUCUGAGACUGACAAGGUGGUACGUGCAGUAGCCAUUGCAUUGCGCAACCUCUCCCUGGACCGUCGCAACAAAGACCUCAUCGGGAGCUACGCCAUGGCAGAACUGGUGCGGAACGUGCGCAAUGCUCAGGCUCCAGCUCAACCCGGAGCCCGCCUGGAAGAAGACACAGUGGUUGCUGUUCUGAACACCAUCCAUGAGAUUGUGUCCGACAGCCUGGAUAAUGCACGCUCACUCUUGCAGGCCCGUGGCGUGCCUGCGCUGGUGGCGCUAGGGGCCGCCAGCCAGUCGGUUCGGGAGGCAAAAGCAGCAUCACAUGUGCUUCAGACUGUGUGGAGUUACAAGGAGCUACGUAGUGCCCUACAGAGGGAUGGCUGGACUAAGGCUCGCUUUCAGUCGGCUGCUGCAGCAGCCAAAGCACCCAAGGCAGCUUCUAGUCCCGGAGGCUUCGAUGACAGCACGCUGCCUCUAGUAGACAAGAGCCUUGAUGGUGAGAAGCCAGGCAGCCGGGAUGUGAUCCCCAUGGAUGCCCUUGGCCCAGAUGGAUAUUCCACCGUGGACCGGAGGGAGCGGAGGACUCUGGGUAGUGACUCCUUAGGAGAGGCCUCAGAGAAGGAACCAUUAAAAGAUGACAUUCAUCCAUGGACAACUGGGAGGUGGAACCAAGCCUGGGAAGCAGCCCUUCACAUCAAUCAGCCUUUGGGUGUUGGGUUCAGAGCUUCACCUGCUGGGAGGGAGGAGAAAGGGAAUAGAGCUCCACCUAGCCACACACUGCACUGGACUGGAGCCUGAGAAAGGCCUGGACCCAACCAUUUGUUCUUAGGGAUCACCAGAAGGGCCAUCCUGAGCAGACCCUGUCGUGGAGCUUGGAGCCCCCUGGCGGCAGGGGUUGGCUGAGACUCUCACCGGAGCCAGAACCUUUCUGGACACCCCCCCUGACCCACCCUGUCCAUUCUUCCCUCUGCUCUCCCGACCUAACUCCCUAGGCCAGAGUUAGCUAUUUACUGACAUGGUGCUGUGUGUGGGCAGGGGUGGGGACCAGUUAAGUGGCAGGGGAGGGUAGCUGGUUUUGCUUUGGAAGACCAGGAGAGAGCACCCUGUGUGCCCAGUGCCCCAGAGGAACAAUAUGGAACUGGGGUGCAACUCCUAGGGACAGGUAGCCAGGCAGGGAGGGAGGGGCUUGGGAAAAGAAGUUGGUCCAUGGAGAAUGGAGGCCCUCCCCUGGCUGAAGCCCUACCCUGCUUAGAAAGCAGACUGUAGGCAUGGGGCUACUCCAAGAGGGCUGACCCAGGCAGGGGAUUAGCAAGAUGGAAGUCAGGCUAUGCUUGCCCCUCCACCACUCCUUGGGAUCUGUGGAUGUGUGGGAUCCCCAUAUAGUGGAACUCUUCCCUGAGCUGCCUCUAGCUGGGGCUGCCGUGGCUGCCAUAUCUGCAUCUGCCCAGAACCUCAAGUAACCUCCGGGACUGACCUCUGGCAGCAGCCCCCAAGGGAAUGCUGUUCAGUGCCUGCUGUUUGUGACUUAAAAACAGAAGAAAAACACUGACAAAAAGCAUUAAAAACAAAACCAAAAUAAGAUUGUAUUGGUAAACAUCUAAGUUUUUGUAAGAAAAUUUUAAAAAGCAACAAAGAACUUUCUGUUUUGUGUGGCUCCGCUUCUUCUUCCCAAGCCACUGGGCUUCUCUUUCAGCCCUGGAUAGGUAAAGGCUGACCAGUGCAGACUCUGCUCCUGCCCUUUGGGCAUUUCUCCAUAUCCAUUCACCCUGGCUACUUGCUAAUUCCUGUUCUCUAUGCUCAGAGGAGUGGGCUGCUUAUGGGUGGUUAGCUGGCCCCGAGACCAGGAAUGGGCACAGGUGAGCUCAGCUUGGACAGGGUUUAUAUUUGUGUCCAGUAUAGGAACUGGGAUCCUGCUGAGGUGGCCAGUAAUCUGAUCACUUGGAGGAGUUGGGGCCUCAGAGACACGGUCGAGGUUGGAGCAGCUCUAGAUUUAGGCAUACACAAAUCAACUUUGCUUCACCACUUGGUACCUGGGCAGCCAGAAGAACUACUCUGGCUAGGCUAAACCUGCCUUCCUUUACUUUAAACCAAGCUGACUGGGACUAGGAAGGAACAUACUCAUUCAUAUUCAGUGCCUCAUGUCCAGAGAGUCAGGCACUUUGCAUAGCCCUGUGUUCACCUCUACCUAGUGCCUGCUUAGAGAUGGGUAAAGGCUGGCCGAUUUUUCUGUUUGUUUUUUUUUUGGUAAUACUGAGCAAGGCUGGCUCCCACUUCACUGCUAUGGCCAGGAGUCCUAGGCUGGGUGUGAUACACAGGAUCUAGCCAGUCAUGAGCCCAGCCUGUAGCAUUAGCAUUCCAUCAAGAGGAACUUGGCAUGUUUGGUUUUAGCAAAGGGUCCUGGGAAAGAGGGAGCAGUGUGGCAGUUGAGAAGAACUGUACUCAGUUAUCUURUAUCUAAAUACUUAAUCUUUCUUUUUUUCUUUUUUUUUGAUACUGGGGAUUGAGCUUAGGGGUGCUUGACCACUAAGCCAC